ACAAACGUAGCAGCCACACACAAAAGAGGUAUAGCUGUUUAUUUACUCUUAGAACAUAACUCUUGUGCUUGAUUAUCAUUGAAAUUAAAAAUAAACAAUAAUGUUUUGAAGUAUAAUCAACCAAGAUUUCGGACGUUCAGCUAAUCUAAAUUCACAAGUCAUUCGGACGCCAUGGCGAGCCGGUGCGGCAGGAAGGUGCUGGAGGCGGUGAGGACCCUGGGCGAGCCCAGGGGGUGCACGAUGGCGGAGGUGGUCAAGUACGUGCGGCAACACUGGCAGUCCGCGCUCAGCGCCGUGAGGAGCCACGUGCUGGGGGCGCUGGAGCGGUUAGCCGCCCGGGGGCUGGUGCGCCGCGUGAGCAGGAGGUACGCUGCGGUCAGCGGCGUGCGACGACGGCGGCGGUCGAGGAGCCCGAGGAGGAGGAGGAGGAGGAGGUUGUCGGCGACCAAGAGUUCGUCCCCGCGCGGGGGCAGGACCUGCCCGAAGUCCCCGCGAGGAAGGCCGCCGACCCGGAGGUCCGAGUCCAGCCCGAGAAGAACAGCCAAGAGGAACAGGAAGCCCAGGAAGAGAUCUCCAACCCGGAAAGAAACACGCGGACGACCGAAAAAGACCGCGGAAGUCGAGGAGGGACAGCAAAAAGAAGAACGCCGCCGUCGGCAAUCAGAGGAAUGCGACUGCGAAGAAGCAAAUGUUCUGGAGAAGCUGUUGCAAGGAACCCAAGACUCGGACGUCAGAGACUGCCCCGAAACAACCCAGAAGGAAGACGUGCCUCCAGAGAAACAAAAGUUUCCAGACAGAACUCCGCAAGAAACGCGCGACGCGUUGACACUGGCCACGACGUGUCCAAGAUGCUGCUGCAAGCUUAUUGUUCGCGUGAAGAAAACGGCCACGUGACGCGCAGAAACAAAUACGGAGUUAAACGUCUCGUCAUCCCAUUUUUCAACUUAAUCGUCAAUAGGUACUAAAACAGUACUUCCCAAUAAAGCACCGUUGUUUUAUCAGACAGUUGAAGCUAGCAUUAAAAUGUAUUAGGCCACGAUGUGCGACCACGAAGAAUUAGAUUAUGAAGUAUGAAUAACUGCAUUUAGACUGAAAAAAAGUAGUCACAAAAUUACUUUUUAAUAUAUCUUAUCAGCAGCUGAAUCAUCUAAUGCCAUGUCAAAACAAUUUUUGACCAACCGUAAAUUAUGUCUGAGUUGACAAUUAAUUUAAUUGAUGUGUUUGCGUGAAGGAAAACCAAGAUAUGAUUAACUUAUAUAAAAACGUUAGUAAAUGUUAUUUUUUCAAAAACACAAUUGCGGAAUGUUGGAUUUCUGAAAUUUAUUUCCACAGACAUAAGACUUAGAGCUAAACAAACAAAACACACGAGGAAAAAAAAUAUUGUUGUUAAUAUGUAGGUGAUGAAAAUAUCAUAUAAUUAGAGUAUCAGUAACUUUUAAAGUGACACAAAUACUAAAACAUUAAACACUGCGUGGCUGAGAUAAUGAAAACGUUUUGCUACAAAAAGUAAACCUAACUAUUCAAUGACGGGUGCCCCAAACAUAUUAUAAUAAACCAAAGAUGCUCUAGUUUAAGAUGAGUGUUGUAAUGUAUUUUAUUUUUAAUGCAUGCUUAGUUUAUACUUCUAAACUAAUAUUAUAAAGAGAAAGAGUGUUUGUUGUUUUUCGACGUAAACUCAAAAACUAGACUGUUUCAAGAAUUCAUUCACUGUUAUAAAGCUACAUGAUUUCAAAUGAAAA